AUGACGUUUCCUAAUACAAUACAGUUGAAAACUAACUGUAGGUGGCUAGCAAUGCCAUCUGCAACAAGUCCCACGAUACACCUAAUCAUCUGUGUAGAACAUAGCUUGGGCUGGCAUGCGUUCGAUAACACGGAAUAUCAUUGUUGGGACCUCACAGCCAGCGCCUCGAACACUGUACCAAUAACAUGCGAAGGAUUUGAUUUGAGAUGGAUCACAACCGCUGGGGACACGAUAAAAGUGCAGGAACACUUCAGUCUAACCUAUGAACUUAUUGUAAAUGAUGAUUUCUACACAUGGGCAUUCGACAAUAAUUAUUUUGAUGGAAUUGGCAGUAUAUCAAACGCUGCAGACGCGAAGACUUGGUGUGUGUCCACGUCCUGUCCUGCGGCUGCUAGUGCAACAAAGACCAACUGUUGCGUGUGGCACGUGAACGUACACUCAUGUCCCCUGGCAGAUACUGUCAACGGUUUGUGUGGACCCUGGAUCCAACCCAGUGGGGCUACAUUCACACAUUCAGAUGUUUUAGUGGGUAACGUCACCACGGGUAACUGGACCUCGGAGAUCGCGGGCUUGUACAAGCUAGGUGUGACGUCUUUGAUAGCUCACUUUAAAAUUGCUGGUAUGCAGUUAGCACUGGAGACAAAGACAAACGUAGUACCACGAGCAGAAUGCGGAGACAAUGUAUGUGAAACCGACGAAGGGGAGGAUUGUGAAAGUUGUCCAAAGGAUUGUGGAAAAUGCCCACUAAAGGCUUGGCAGUUAGCUCUAAUCGGCAUCUUCGGCUUUCUCUUAAUCGCUGGCAUUGCGGUCGUAUUUCUGUAUUUCCAAUAUCAAAAACGAAAACUGUUGUGGGACGAAAGUUGGAUCAUACCAUUUGAUGAAAUAAAACAUGAUGACGGGUUACGUGCUGCAUUUGGAAGUAUGAUAGGAAGCACUGCGGAUUUGAGCAACAGUGACGGAAACAGCAGUCUGGCACAGUCGGCGACACGCAGACAGGUCUUUGUUAAAACAGCAUUGUACCGAGGAAGAACAUGUGCAAUGAGAGCAGUGAGAAAAAGAGAAUUUACAUUGACCAAAUAUGUCCGUCUAGAAGUGAGGGAAGUCCGAGCUUGCGACCAUGUAAAUGUUUGUAAAUUUAUUGGAGCUAGCAUUAUGGCGCCAAAUAUUCGUAUUUUAACAGAGUAUUGUCCGAAAGGAAGUCUAAGUGACGUACUGCUGAAUGAUGAUGUACCUCUAAACUGGGCAUUCAGGUUUUCAUUUGCUACUGACAUAUCACGUGGGAUGCAGUAUUUACACAACCAUAAGAUAUACCACGGUCGUUUGAAGUCUAACAAUUGUGUUAUAGAUGAUAGGUGGACGGUAAAAGUAACAGAUUUUGGCAUCCAAACAUUGAGGACACACGACGAAGUGAUGUUGGAUGAUGAAGAGGAUGAUUUUGAAGAUAAUGAAGAUGAGUUUUAUCAGGAAAAACGUGCGCAAGUGUACAAAGCGCCUGAGUUUCUAGAUCAGAAGGCGUAUGUACCGACAAUAGCCGGCGAUGUUUAUGCUUUCUCUAUCAUUCUUGUUGAGAUAGCGACAAGAAACGAUCCAUACGGGGACGAAGACGCCUUUAGCGUUGAACCAGGGUGGAAGCCUCCUAUGCCAAAUUUCGAUCCAGAAUUGUGUGAGAACAAGGACGACAUCUGUCCCUGUCCCGCAGCUUAUAUGCUGUUAAUCGACGAAUGUUGGAAUGAUGACCCAAACAACAGACUCACCUUUGACGAGAUAAAGAAGACAGUCCACAAGAUCAACCCAAGCAAACUCAGCCCUGUUGAUCUCAUGAUGGCAAUGAUGGAAAAGUAUUCAAAGCAUCUGGAAGCGAUAGUAACAGAGCGUACACAGGACCUAGUUGCAGAGAAAGCCAAAACUGACAGACUUCUUUACAGCAUGUUACCAAAGGCCGUGGCAGAUGACCUUAGGCACGGUCGUCCGGUAGAAGCAAAAUACCAUGAUGGGUGCACUAUAUAUUUUAGUGAUAUAGUUGGUUUUACGAAUAUUUCUGGCGGAAGUACGGCGAUGGAAGUUGUUGCGUUGUUAAAUAAACUAUACAUCACCUUUGACGAAAUUAUUGACAAAUAUGAUGUGUACAAAGUUGAAACAAUCGGAGACGCAUAUAUGGUUGUGUCUGGUAUUCCAAUAAGCACACCGUUCCACGCACGAGAAAUAGCUGACAUGUCCAUUGAUCUAGUGAGAGCAUGUGAAAUAUUUACAAUUCCACAUAUGCCUGAUGAACCAUUGAAAAUACGGGUUGGUUUACACUCGGGAUCUGCAUGUGCUGGCGUUGUGGGUUUGAAAAUGCCCAGGUAUUGUUUGUUCGGAGACACCGUUAAUACCGCCAGUCGGAUGGAAUCGAAUGGAGAGGCUUACAAGAUACAUAUAAGUAACUUCACGUACAUGGAACUCGUUCAGUUUGGCAAGUAUACACUUGAGAAACGGGGAACUAUCCCUGUAAAGGGUAAAGGAGAAAUGUUGACCUGGUGGCUUACGGGAAUAGAUCCUGCAUAUAUUGAAGAAAGGAAAAAGGAAACCACCAAUGAGGACAUAAACAAAAACAGUGUUAUAUCUGUCAGAGAAUCCAACACCAAACUUUACAACAGCACAGGGAACAUUUGCAAUAUUAAGCCAGUAUCUGCAGAGGACAUUGAGAAUCAGAAAAAUCUUGAAAAACAAGGAGUUCCCCCUACCGCUACUUAUUCAAAAACGAUCGAAAAUGGCAACACUUCAGUGGAAAUAGAUGAUAAAACUGUUGCUAAAAUUGGCAAAGUGAUCCAGUUUAUUGAUACCCCGGCCAGUGACUACAUGUUCACACCUGUUGAAAUCACUGAAUCAGGUGAAAAAUCUAGCUUAGAUGGAAACCGUGCUAGUGCUAAGUCUAACAUAGAUGGAAAGUGUGACAGUGUUAAAUCUAGUCUAGUUGAAAAGUGUGAUAGAGCUACACCUUGUAGUGACCUUGUAGAUACCUCUAACAUAGACCUGAAAACAACUAAAAAGCACACUAAUUCUAAAAUAUCGUAGAGGCAACUCGUGUGUAUAUUUUUUUAUUUUUAUUUUAUUUAUUUUUUUUU